CCUCUUGCAAAUAAUCACAUUGCCAGCAGGUUGGUUGUACGACGCUCACGGACCGUAUCGCGAGAAAGACCGAGAACGUAGCAACAAGACAACAAAAAUAAAUUCUGGACAACAAUUCAGAGUUCAUGAUGGCGGCGUCGAUGUUACGCCGGGAUAAGAAAACAACAGCCGCCACUCUAAAGACAGAACUAAAUCGAACUGACAACAGUUCUGGAGUCAGACUACUUCAAGAACUGCUUGAUAAUGUUUUAAAUCCUGAAAAGCCAGCGGCGGAUACAGAGGCCCUUGAAUGGUGUAAAUACCUAUUGGCAGGAGGGGAAGGAUUCGAGGAGUUCUGCAAGACGGUCCGGUCCUAUGACAACGCUACCUUGUGCGGCUUGGUCUGGACAGCCAAUUUUGUGGCGUACCGAUGUCGGACCUGCGGAAUUUCCCCUUGCAUGUCAUUAUGUGCGGAAUGUUUUAACAACGGCGAUCACACGGGCCAUGAUUUCAAUAUGUUCAGAAGCCAGGCUGGUGGGGCCUGCGACUGUGGAGACAGUAAUGUCAUGCGGGAAAGUGGGUUUUGUAGACGGCAUCGGUUAAAAACAGGGGAGAAUGUUCCCACAGUACCCAGGGACUUGCUGCUGAUGUCUGAAAUGGUGCUACCUCGCUUCAUUGUCAGCAUCAUACAGUAUUUAAGGGAUGGAUACACAGAGCCAGACUCAUCACCAGAGAGGGACCUGCAGAAGGUUCUUCAGCAGCUGGAGCCUCAGAUAUCCUUCCUGGAAGAGCUUACAAAGAUGGGUGGGGCCAUGCGGACUGUGCUGACAAAGAUCCUGACCAAUCAGCAGACCUUUAAAGAACUCAGCAUGGGUCAGGAAGAAAACGUGUAUGCAAAGAAUAACUAUGAUAAGUAUCUGUCUGCACUGAAGAGCUCGGGCCUGGUCACGGUGGAGGAGAAGGGAGCAGUGGCAGCAGCCGCGGCUGGAGGAGGAGGUGCCGAGGCUGGGGCAACGGCUGGAGCAGCGUCCCUAAGCUUACUGGGAGCCACUGCUGCUGUAAGCUCUGUUGAAUCCAGUAAAGAGGAGGACCAGGAUGGAGGGCAGAGUGUGGGGCAGCGCAAGAGAGUGAAGCUCAGCAGCACCACCAAAGACCCAUCGAUCAUGGACACUCUGAAACACAAGUGUUUCUUAGAGGAGUUGCUGUUCUGGACGAUAAAGUACGAGUUCCCCCAGAAGAUGGUCACUUUCUUGCUCAACAUGUUGCCCGAUCAAGACUACAAGAUCACGUUCACCAAGACGUUUGUGCAGCACUACGCUUUCAUCAUGAAGACGCUGAUGAAGAGCCAGGAGUCGGACACCAUGUCCAACCGCAUCGUGCACAUCAGCGUGCAGCUCUUCAGCAACGAGGAGCUGGCGCGCCACGUCACCGAGGAGUGCCAGCUGCUGGACAUCAUGGUCACCGUGCUGCUCUACAUGAUGGAGAGCUGCCUUAUCAGGAGCGAGCUGCAAGAUGAGGAGAAUAGCCAUCAUGUGGUGGUGAACUGUGGCGAGGCUCUUCUGAAGAACAACACCUACUGGCCUUUAGUUAGUGACUUCAUUAACAUUCUCUCACACCAAAGUGUCGCCAAGCGCUUCCUGGAGGACCACUCCCUGCUUAUGCUCUGGAUGAGCUUUGUGUCCUUCUUUCAAGGUAUGAACCUGAACAAGCGGGAGCUGAACGAGCACGUGGAGUUUGAGUCACAGACGUACUAUGCAGCGUUCGCGGCUGAGCUGGAGGCCUGUGCCCAGCCCAUGUGGGGUCUGCUCACACACUGCAAAGUCAAAGAGACGCAGGAGUACACAAAGACAGUGGUGCGCUUCUGCCUGGAAGCCCUUCAAGUGUGGUUCGAUAACAUCGGCUUUGUGGACGAGCCUGCGCCCAAUCAGGUGACAUUUCACUUACCUCUGCACCGAUACUACGCCAUGUUCCUCAGCAAGGCGGUGAAGUGCCAAGGCCUAGAUCUGGACAGCCUGCUUCCUGACCAGGAGAUGCUAAUGAAGAUCAUGGUCCACCCUCUUCAGAUCCAGGUGAGCCUGUCUGAGAUCCAUAGCAACAUGUGGGUGAGGAACGGCCUCCAGAUCAAAGGUCAAGCCAUGACCUAUGUCCAGUCCCACUUCUGCAACUCCAUGAUCGACCCCGACAUCUACCUGCUCCAGGUGUGUGCAUCUCGACUGGAUCCUGAUUACUUCAUUUCCUCAGUUUUUGAGAGAUUUAAGGUGGUGGACUUGCUGACCAUGGCCUCCCAGCAUCAGAACUCGGCGCUGGACUCUGAGCAGGAGCGGCCCAUGCUGGAGGGAGCGCUCACCUUCCUGGUCAUCCUCUGCAGCUUGCGCAUACACCUCGGCAUGGCAGACGAUGAGAUCCUGCGGGCGGAGAUGGUGUCCCAGCUGUGUAUGAAUGACCGCACCCACAGCUCCCUGCUGGACCUCAUCCCCGAGAACCCGAACCCAAAGAGUGGCAUAGUCCCAGGCAGCUGCAGCUUUGAGGACAUGUUGUCUGCAGUGGCCGACUUCAAGGCCCCGGUGUUUGAGCCUGGAGGCUCCAUGCAGCAGGGCAUGUACACGCCCAAAGCCAAGGUGUGGGAGAAGGAGUUUGACCCCAUCAUGGUGAUCCUCAGGACAGUCUACAGGAGAGACGUGCAGUCAGCCAUGGACAGAUAUGCUGCAUUUUUGAAGCAAUCGGCAUCAAUCUCAGGCAAUCCGUGGCCACCUUACAAAGAGAGGACCCCUCUGCACUCGUGCUACAGGGGCUUGGUGCGCCUGCUCCACUGCAAAACCCUCCACAUCGUCAUCUUCACACUCCUCUAUAAGAUCUGGAUGGACCAUCCCAACAUGUCGGAGCAUGUGCUGUGCAUGGUCUUGUACCUUAUUGAGCUGGGGCUGGACAACCAGGUUCAGGACGACGAAGACGAGGAGCCAUGUAUAGAGGAGCGUUGCCAUGACAGCUGGUUCCCGGGCACCAGCCUCCUGUCCAACCUGCACCACAUCAUCAACUAUGUGCGCGUGCGCGUGCCUGAGGACGCCUCCGAGGUCAAGAGGGAGCCGCCGCCCAGCACCAGUGCCGAGAGCAGCCCACCUAGCCAGAACCUGCGUGAGGCGCAGCUCUUUAGCCUGGUGGCCGAGCGCCGGCGUAAGUUCCAGGAGAUCAUCAACCGCAGCAACCGGGAGGCCAGCCUGGCCGCGGCCUCUGCCGCCACGCGGCCCAAGAGCUCCACCUGGCGUCCGCUGCCCGCCGCCGCCCCGCAGCUGGUCACCGAGAUCCUGGAGGUGCGCGAGAGCAUGCUGUCCCUGCUGGUCAAGCUGCACGGGAAGCUGUCGGCACGCGGCGCCACUCCGCUGACUGCCGCCCAGCUGGAGGAGGGCGCCGACCUCGCUGACCCCGCCGCCUCGGUCGGCCACGGCGACGGGCUGACGGCCAUCCAGCGCAUCCUGGGCAAGGCGUCGGCGCGCAGCCGGCUCAGCAGACGCUGCAUCCAGGAGGCCUGCGGGCGUCAGUGCCCACCUGUGCCACCCAAGAAGAACAGCCCCGCCGACAAGAAGAGCAUGGACAAGGAGGAGAGGCGCCAGAGGGCUCGUGAGCGACAGCAGAAGCUGCUGGCAGAGUUCGCCUCCAGGCAGAAGAGCUUCAUGGAGACGGCCAUGGACGUGGAGACUCCAGAUGCUGACCCAGGCAUGGACUUGGAGGCGUCGGAGGAGGCUAGUGUGGAGGUGCUGUAUGACUGCGUCAUCUGUGGCCAGAGCGGCCCCUCCACUGAGGACCGGCCCACUGGCCUGGUGGUGCUGCUGCAGGCCUCCUCAGUGCUGGGCCACCGGUGCAGAAGUGACGAGCCCAAGAGGCUACCCACCAGCGACGAAGAGCACAUUUACCCAGAAGACACCUGUGGAGCCGCCAGCGACGUGCGACUCUCCCUCAUGCAGCGCGACUUUAAAGAUAGUUCCUGUCUGCAGUCGGUGUCCAUCGGCUGGGACGGCGGCGUGUACGUACAGACCUGUGGCCACACGCUGCACAUCGACUGCCACAAGUCCUACAUGGAGUCGUUGAGGAAUGACCAGGUGCUUCAGGGCUUUUCGGUGGACAAGGGCGAGUUCACCUGCCCCCUGUGCCGGCAAUUUGCCAACAGCGUGUUGCCGUGCCGACCUGGCCGGGGCUCGGAGGUGGGGGCCUGGCACAUGCCCAGCAGCAAGCCCACGCACGUGCUGGUCAAGGAGGUGGAGGACCUGCAGGACCAGCUGGCCAUUUUCCCCACGGAGUCCAACCUCACCAAGGAGAUGGAGUCCGUCAUCAAGGACAUCAAGAACACAACGCAGAAGAAGUACAUGGACUACGGCAAGAACCCCGGCUCUCCCGACAACGACUUCCUCUUCAUGUACUCCGUUGCCAGGUCUAAUCUGGAGUUGGAGAUGGUGCAUCGGGGAGGAAACCUUUGCUCUGGAGGAGCCAGUGCUGCAGCCAAGCGGUCAUGUCUCAAUCAGCUCUUCCAUGUGUUGGCUAUGCACAUGCGUCUGUACAGCAUAGACUCCGCCUACAACCCUUGGACCCGCCUCACGCAGAUAUCACACAGCAGGGAUGAGUACUAUGAUGAAGAGAGGCCUGAGGUGCCCAUGCUCUUCAGAGACGUCCCCUCCCUCCUCAUCAUCUUCGUGCUGACCAUGCCUCAGCCCUUGCGCAAAGAGCACUUUAUGUGUGUGGUGAAGGUACUAUACACACUGCAGUACACCCAGGGCCUGGUGGCGCUGUCCAUUAAGUUUAGCCCUGAGGAGCGACAAGCCUGGAGCACGUCUGGAGCACUUAAGAAGAGCAUGCCCAAUGCCAACAGGUCCUGGGAAGCGCUGCUUAGCCAUGUGAUUGGAGAGCUGUCCAAAGGAAAGUGCAUAUACGACGCUCGCGCUGAAGAGGUGUCUAUGCUGUGUUCCAGUGUGUGGUCUCCCCAGUCCAUUGAGUUCUUCCUGCAGCAGUACUGUCUGCCCUUCCUGCGUCUGGCCUGUCUGCUGCAGCACCACCUGUACGGAGACAACCUCGUAGGCUGUCAGGUUGAGGAGGAGUUCUCCAUGCUGGCGGUCAGUCUGGGGCUGCUGGCCCCUGCCGCUCAGGUGGGAAACCCCGUCAGCAGCGCAGUGUGUCUGGAGUGGCCGGUCGGCCCCUUCUCCCUGCUGCCCCAGUGGUGCGCCGAGGUCACCAGCCUCCCCGAGACACAGGCCGAGCAAACAGCGACUCUGCUGGUGCAGGACCCCCACUGGGCGGCCCCUCGCCUGCUGCAGCUGCCGGAGAACUACAACACCAUCUUCCAGUACUACCACCGCAAGGCCUGCACCUCCUGCAACAAGGUGCCCAAGGACCCGGCCCUCUGCCUGGUGUGUGGGGCCUUCGUCUGCCUCAAGGGCCUGUGCUGUAAGCAGCAGGGCAUCUGCGAGUGCGUCCUGCACUCUCAGCACUGCGGAGCGGCCACAGGCAUCUUCCUCCUCAUCAACGCAUCGGUCAUCAUCAUCAUCAGAGGCCACCGCUUCUGUCUGUGGGGAUCAGUGUACCUGGACGCACAUGGAGAGGAGGACAGAGACCUACGCCGAGGCAAGCCGCUGUUCCUCUGCGCCGAGCGCUACCGUGUCCUGGAGCAGCAGUGGGUGGCUCACACUUUUGACCACAUCAACAAGCGCUGGGGGCCUCACUACAACGGACUCUAAACUUCCCCCACACCACCCCACACACACACUCACCACCUCCAGAGGCUCCCAGGGGCCCGACCUGAGAUGCCCAGCCACCCCCACCCUCCCCACCCCCCUCCCAUUCACCCAGUCCAGCCUCACCUGGGGCCAUUUUUUUCAGCCCUGCCUGGUGUAAAUCUUAUGGUAAACUUGUAUCAUGUACGAUAUAAACAAACAAACAAACAACAACAAAAAAGAAAUCUACAUCCAGUGCAAAAAGGUUGCUGCCCCCCAGCCUUGGGUUUAUGUGAAGUUUUAGUGUACAAUCAUGCCAAUCGACUAACAGUGUGUGUGUUUUUAAGGGAAAAAAAACAAAAAACACAAAAAGAAACCGUUUAAAAAAUGUAUCAGCGAUUGAGGUGUGGAUUUUAAAAAGGAAAAAAGAGAGAGAUGGGGGGUAUUAGUGGUUUGGGGUGAGCUCGCCAUAAAAGCACAUGUUUUUUUGGCCCCUCUUUUUUUAAAGUUUGCUUUUGGACUCCAUGGAGGGGUCCUCUAUUGGCACGAGAGGAGCGCUUCAGUGAGAUCACCCUGGAGAUGCAUGAACUUAGAACCCAUCAGCGAAUGUUUUUUUUUUUUUAGCAAAUUUGUUUAUUUCUCCUCUCACAGAACGUUCCAUGAGACAUUACAUCAGAACAUUCUAAAAGCGCUACACAAGGAAGGGAUAGAACUCACCCCCUGCCAGAAACAGUCAUGACCGACAACCACAGGCCUCCCUCAAUGAGUAGACCCACACAUCUAAUUUAAUACAUAUCUAUUAUUUAUAUCUUUUUCAUUCUCAGUCAGGUUGCAUCAGUGGAAGAUGUUUUAGCAUGUGCAAAAGGGCUCUUCUGCAUGUGAAACCAUUACUGUGACUUGCUUUAGCUUUCGGUUGCAGUAUGUGGCGUUUUCAGCAAGCGAAUGUGAGCAUUGCUAAAAAUGAAAACUAUUAACCCUCUGUAGGCCAGCAGACUGGGGCAGGGCCUCGAUAUGAGAUGCUGAACAUAUUUCAGCCAAAGGAAAUAAAGGAAAACAAUGAAAUGGGCAUAAUUCAAUCAUAGCAUUUAGCCACCAAGAUGCAAGUAGCAUUUUUGGGCUGAGACUUGAUUGAUGUUAAGCUUUUGGUUGCACACAGAGAAGAGUUUACAUCAUGUGAGUCUAAUGUAGGCAACAGAGAAAGGCUCUGGGUUUAAGGUCUGGUUGCAAAAAAAUCAUCCUCAGGAAUUUUGUUUCGUUAUCUUUUUUUUUUUUUUUUUUUUUUUUUUUUUGCUGUAGUUUCAAAAAAGAAAGAAAAACAAAAAAAGUUUUUAAAGAUAUUUAAAUAAAUGCUGCUAUUCAUUAUUUGAAAAAAAAAAAAUAGUUCAUGAUUUACCUUUUUGUAAAAAUGAUUUAUAUAUAGUUUGGGGGGGUAGAGGGUGUUUUUUUUGUGUGACUUUUUUGACUUUUUUUUUGUUGACUUUUUUGUAUUCAAAAGAGAUGAAGGUCUUGUGUGUUUGUUUGGCUGUUCUGGUUUGCUUGGUGUGGUUUGAAUGAGACGGUAAGCUCCACAAUGCGACUGCAGAUCCACAAGCUCAAACCCAGGUUCUCUGCGCCGCCACAGCCCAGUUGGGGCACCGGCCUUUUUACCCCACUCCUCUGAACUUUACUCAUAUCCAUAUAACAGGGGUGUCUACAACAGCCUUUUUUUGUUAUUGUUGAAUUGUUUUUGGUUUUUUUUUUUUUUUUUUUUUUUUUUUGAGGCUUCGCUUUACCCAGGCUUAUAUAUCAGGUGGAUUGGUCUUAAGGUCUCCUCACAUUGCAGCCCUCUUUUGCAGAUGAUGUGCUGAUCACCUAACAGCAGCUGUAAAAGCUGCCCAGAGAACUUAAAAAGGUCUAAAAUGACAAAAAUGCCUGAAAGGCAAGUUAUAAUGAAAAGGUUUUAAACUGACAUCCAGUCCUGUAGGUUACCCAGAAAUUAUUUAAUAGGAUCACACACACACACAGUCAUAUACUGCACUUAAGCUCUGCUUACGUUGAUAACCCAGCACUUUCAUUUUUAUUGUAGUAUCUGUCCGAUGAGCAGAACGAGGAGACUGUACCAACCCAGCCUACUAAACCCAAACCUCCUGUCUGACUGGGCCCAGCCUACCAAACCCAAACCUCCUGUCUGACUGGGCCCAGCCUACUAAACCCAAACCUCCUGUCUGACUGGGCCCUGACUGCUCCAGUGCUGUCACUUUAGAGGCUUCGCUGCCAAACUCUGAUGGGUCAAAGUGAUCCGUUUACACAUCGGUCUCGUGUGAAUCUCGAUUGUGUGUGUGUGUGUGUGUGUGUGCAUAUGUGCAUGAGUGUGUGUGUAGUCCUCAAUAACCCCCUAGUGUACUAAUGUCAUUUUAGAUCCAUCUUUUGUUGGUUAUUCCCCAAAUGGAGUAGAUGUUCUCUGUGUUGUGGAGUGGAAUUGCUGUUGAGAACUGAAUAGCAAAUGGCUCUGGUAAUGCCAUGGAAAGUACCAAAUUACACUAGGCAGUUGGACCACCAUACUGCCUCUAGCAGUCACUUAUGUCUCAAGAUAAGUGAAUGUCUUGGGAAUCAAUUAUUUUGAGAUGUGUGCCCAGUAUAGACUAUAUGUUUGGGUUUUGGUUCUUUUUAAGUUAUCUAUGUCUUUACAUGAAAAGUUUAAAUAAAUAUGAAACUCAUGAACUUAUGCCAUUUGAAGUUAGGGAGGUAUUUUUUUGGAAAUUCACAUUCUUUUUAUUAUUGUUUGCCUAUUUUCUCCAAGGGAGGCAGCAUGACAUGCCAUUGGUAAUAGACUUUUGGAAAUGGUUUAAACUAUAGGGUGACUGGGCUCUCCUGUGUGCAGUGGUUAUAUAUUCACAAGUGACGUUUUCCAAACAUUACAUUUCUUAGUAGACUUUAUGAACAUAAACCUGAUCCAAAUCUGGUACUCCCGGUGUCAAUGGAGAAGUGUGUCUGAAAAUGCUUAGCUUAAAACUUAACAAAUGUUUGCCUAUGGAAGCAAAAGAAAUACGUAUAUGUGGAAUGAUGUAAUUAUGGGCUUGAGAAUGAAGACUAAACAAUCUGCUCUGGGCUCAGGCAAAAUAAAACCACAUUUUGAAAUAACCCCUUUCUCUGUGUUGAGUGCAUACAAGAGCACUUCAGCAGGAGAAUGCAUAGUCUCUCACAAACACACACAGCACAUGCAUGCUGCUGAUUUAUUUUGUUUACUUUAUGCUUUUGCCAUUAUGAAUAUUAUUAUUGAUAUUAUCAUGAUGGAAUAUUAUCGCCCCGCACACACUUUUGAAGCUACAGAUCUGGAGUGAUGUUCUGUUCUGAAUGCCGGGUGUGUGUUGUAGAGGUAGGCCACAAGCUCCUGCGUUCUGAAUGCCGGGUGUGUGUUGUAGCGGUAGGCCACGAGCUCCUGUGUGAACGGUGAUUAAAGGAAGGAUACAUACAGUACAUUACUGUAGGUGCUGACUCCAACUUUCCCAUCUCACCCCGGGAAGUGUGAUUUAGACAUUUAAAAAUGCAAAAUGUAACAUAUGUGAAUAAAAUAUGAAGAUAAUGCGCUGA